AGUGGGCGGGUCUAGGUGACCAAGGAGCUGCUGUCAGGAGAGAGAAGAAGAAGAAGAAGAGGAGGAAGAAGAGGAAGAUGGCGAGAGGAGGCCUGAGGAGAGUCGCUCAGUGUCUGAGACAGUCCGUCAGCCGAGACGUUCAGAGCAGGAACCACGUCAGGUAUCUGUCGUCAUGUGGGAUCCUGAUGACUCGGGUGCCUCCCCUCCUGAGUGCGGCCCAGUCGGGGCGUGGCGUCGUGUUGCCGGCCCGCAGCUUCUUCAACCUGGCCGACUCCUUCUCCAAGAAGAAGGAGUACUCCGAGAGACGCAUCAUCGGGUAUUCCAUGCAGGAGAUAUAUGAAGUGGUGGCCGGCGUGGAAAACUACCGCCUCUUUGUUCCCUGGUGUAAGAAGUCUGACGUGGUGUUUCGGCGAUCCGGUUUCUGCAAGGCCAAACUCAGCGUGGGCUUUCCUCCUGUGGUGGAGAACUACAACUCUCUUGUGACUACAGUGCGCCCCCACCUGGUCAAGGCGUCCUGUUCAGACGGGAAACUCUUCAACCACCUGGAGACGGUUUGGCGCUUCAGCCCUGGACUCCCGGGUUACCCUCGCACCUGCACCGUGGACUUUGGUAUCUCCUUCGAGUUCCGUUCCCUCAUCCACUCUCAGCUCGCUCACGUCUUCUUCGACCAGGUGGUGAAGCAGAUGGUGUCUGCGUUCGAGCUCCGCGCCUCCAAGGUAUACGGCGCCGAGACGCCCAUCCCCCGCGAGCUCAUGUUCCACGAGGUUCACCACACGUAGCGCCGCCCCCGAAAGGCAAACACAGAUAUCUGAUGCCAACGCCACAGAGGAUGAGGGAGGAGGAGGUGCUAGUGAAAGUUGCAGUGCCUUUCUCACAGCUACAACCAAGUUCAUUCCCAACUGUUUCAUAUCUGAUAAGUGACACGGACCCGGCUCCGAGCUUUCACCUUCAGGCUCAACACUUCAUUCAGUGGUUUCCACCGUCUGAGAAGAAUCUGAGUUCUCAGGUUGUGAGCGUGAAGGUGAAACCACAGCAGCUCUGUCAUCACAUCUGGAAACACCAGUCAUUCA